AUGAAGGUCCUGGCGCGAUUUGUCAGGUGGAUCCUAAACGGCCGCAUCGCCGUUCAGACUGUCGCUCAGGUCCUUCUGUACUCUGCUGCUACCUUCCCGCUGACGAAUGUUCUCUGCGCGCACGAACAGCAGCCUCGGCCAUCAGAAUGUGAAAUUUCGACUCCACUAGACGACGUGGUAUCAAUGGCAAUCAUCGACGAAGAUCCUUACACCGUCAAUGGCUGGUGGCACGUCACCACGUUCGCGAUGCUUAAAGCAUUCGCGUAUGUCUGGCUCUCUCCCCUGGCCUAGAGCGGUUUUGUGCCCUAGUGCAGGUGUAAUGACUGUGGAGUACGCGCCCUGAUGAUAUAAC